AUGCCCGCGGCGCCUCACGCGCUCCCUCGCACAACCAUUCGAGUCGUCCUUCAAGCGGACCUCCCAACCAGUCCCCAUCACUUUCGACGUGCGCUCGCCGGCCCCACCGCACGCGGCCCUACUGGACUCAGCCCUCGUGUUGCACCCCUUUCCGUUCCCCCAACAGAGUCGCUCUCCUUGCCCCAGCUCGCUGCAUCGACCUUUGAUGCCGCGUUUAUCGAAGAAACAUGCAAUUUGAACUAA